UAGAUAGAUAGAUAGAUAGAUAGAUAGAUAGAUAGAUAGACAGAUAGAUAGAUAGAUAGAUAGAUAGAAGGUGCGAUGUAUCAGAUAGACCGGGAAUGCGCUUUAUAAUUGCAAGGAAAGGCACAAUGAAAUGGAUAAAUCGAGAGACCCGUGGAUAGGAAAAGCCCUCUAAAAGAGUUGAUGCCGCUUUUCUGCGAUAUCCCAACCUUCCAGGAGGCAUCCUAAACCCACAGGGCACUUCGCAUCGCUAAUCGGUUAUCUUCUGAAGCUCACACAUUUAAAGAAAAGACAAAAGAAAAAAACCGGACGCCCUCCGCCGCCGCACGUUGCCGAAAGCGCAGCCCUCCUUCACCGCGGCGCACGUUUCGCCCCCAGGGUUUAAAGUGAGAGGCUCUCGUGGACGUCCAGCCCGGACGCCGCGGUGUGAAAAGGCGAUAAAGUAAAGUUUAGGCGGACCCCCUCUGUCCAAAUCCACCCCACCCCCCUCGCUCCUCUUCCCUCCACCACCACCACCACCCCUUCCUCCUCCUCGGUUUCGCUGCUGGAUUUCGACAAGCCCAGCCCAUCUGGUGCAGCAAAUGGUUGAACUCACCAGGGAAGCGCAGAGAAGAAGUAAGAGAGAGAGAGAGAGAGAGAGACGGAGAGAGAGAAGGGGGAUCAGAUUGAAAACAGAUCAGGCUGUCGAUUUCUGUACUUGGAAAUCUUAGACUCAGCCCCCCACACUCACACACACACACACAAAAGUUUAAAGCCUUCCUUCGCCGCCUGCGCCCCCUCUGAAGACUUGCAAAAAGCCUGGAAAACUUUCCGAAAUGGGCAAUGAUGGACCGGGGAAACUCAACGGCCGAUGAAAGUUCACGAGUGAAAUUCCUCGAGACGAAGACGAUUACAUCGACGAUAAGCCCGCUAGUUUUCCUUUGAUCCGAGUUCCUCUUGUUUUUUUUUUCUUCUUCUUUCUUUUGAAUAUGUUUUUAUACUGGAUCUUCUGAACGCAUCAAACGGGACAUGAAGUUACAAAUCUGACUUGCAGGCCAUCAAAGUCUUUGCUAGCGUUUUUUUUUUGUUUCUUUUAAGAAGGCUGUGAUUCCCUUUUGGAUCCGAAUACGCAGAUCUUCUCGUUUUCAUCAGGCGCUGAAUUUUCUGGAGCAGAGUCCCACGCUGUUCUUCGAAGCAGGCCACCGGGUUUUGGCACCAAUGAUGGAGACUACGGCUCAAGCUGCAUCUGAGAAAAAAGAGCCCAAAGGAUCAAGCGAUGGCAACGGCUUCAUGGAUGUCACCAAAAAAUCAUCAGUUUCAACAAUAACACGAGCCCCACACCAUUUAUUCCCAGCAUUCCAUCCUCCGAUUCCAAUUGACAUGCGUCACCAUGAAGGACGAUACCAUUAUGAGCCUCACUCCUUGCACGCAAUGCACGGGCCCCCUGGAUUAGCUGGCAGCCCCGUCAUCUCUGACAUCUCCCUGAUUCGUCUGUCACCCCACCCAGCUGCCACGGGGGAGUCCCCGUUCAAUCCCCCUCACCACUACGUCAACCCUCACAUGGAGCACUACCUCCGGUCUGUGCACAGCAGUCCAACGCUCUCAAUGAUCUCCGCUGCCAGGGGGCUCAGCCCAGCCGAGGUUACACAUGAACACUUGAAAGAGAGGGGUCUUUUUGGACUGCCGCCUCCACCUGCUGGUGCCAGCCCUGCGGACUACUACCACCAGAUGACCCUGAUGGCCACCCACCGCAGCCCCUACGGGGACAUCCUCAUGCAGAGCGGAGCACCAGUGGCCGCCGCAGCACACCUCCCCGAUUACAUCAGUCCCGCUGACGUGUCACGAUUCUCCAGCCCGAGACUGACGCCUCGGAUCAGCCGUAAGAGAGCUUUAUCCAUCUCCCCGCUCUCGGAUGCCAGCAUUGACCUCCAGACCAUGAUCAGGACCUCGCCAAACUCACUGGUGGCCUACAUCAACAACUCCCGGAGCAGCUCGGCGGCCAGCGGAUCCUAUGGACAUCUGUCAGCCGGAGGUAUCAGCCCGGCCUUCACCUUCCCACAUCCCAUCAACCCCAUGGCAUACCAGCAGAUUCUGAACCAGCAGCGGAGCCUGAGCGCGGCCUUUGGUCACACGCCACCUCUCAUCCAGCCUUCUCCUACAUUUGCCUCCCGGCAGCACGUGGCUGGCAUCUCCACCCUGCCUUCGCCUUCUCACAACAACAACGCAAGCAGCAAUUCUGACUCGAACCAGAACGCAAGUGGUGAGUCGGCCGUCAGCAGCACGGUGAACCCAAUGAUAACCAAGCGAUCCAAAGUGAAGACAGAGAUGGAGGCUCUGAGGCCUGCCUCGCCAGGAGCUCAGGAUCACCUGACUGGAAUCCUUGACCUCAAAGAAGACUUUGAUAAAGACGACUGCAAACAAGAACCUGAAGUGGUCUACGAAACCAACUGCCACUGGGAGGGCUGCACUAAGGAGUACGACACGCAGGACCAGCUCGUCCAUCACAUUAAUAACGACCACAUCCACGGGGAGAAGAAGGAGUUUGUGUGCCGCUGGGAGGAUUGCUCGCGGGAGCAGAAGCCCUUCAAGGCACAGUACAUGCUCGUGGUGCACAUGCGGAGACACACCGGGGAGAAGCCACACAAGUGCACGUUUGAAGGUUGUUCCAAAGCAUACUCACGUCUGGAAAAUCUGAAGACGCAUUUGAGAUCCCACACUGGAGAGAAGCCAUACGUUUGUGAGCACGAGGGCUGCAAUAAAGCCUUCUCUAACGCUUCAGACCGGGCUAAGCACCAAAACCGCACCCAUUCAAAUGAGAAACCCUAUGUCUGCAAAAUUCCCGGCUGCACAAAGAGAUACACGGACCCGAGCUCCCUAAGGAAGCACGUGAAGACGGUCCACGGCCCUGAAGCCCAUGUGACCAAGAAACAGCGCAACGAUGUGCACCCCCGGCCGCACCCGGCGAAAGAAAACGGAGAAAACGAGGCGAGCGCCAAGCACAGCGGCAGGGCAGUGGAGGAGAAAAUGGGGGCCAACAGCACCUCUAGAGGCAUGGAGGACUGUCUGCAGGUCAAAAGCAUCAAGUCAGAAAACUCUGUGGUGUAUCAGUCCAGCCCUGGUGGUCAGUCAUCAUGCAGUAGUGAGCCAUCCCCACUUGGGGGUGCCACCAACAAUGACAGUGGAGUAGAAAUGAACCUGAACAGUGGAGGCAGUCUGGGAGACCUGACUGCACUGGACGACCCCCCCAUCGUGGACUCCACUGUUUCUUCUGGGACGUCGACAGCUGGCCUUCAGCUGAGGAAGAACUUAACUGCAACCCAAAGACUCGAACAACUCAAGAAGGAGAAGCUAAAGUCAAUGAGAGAUUCCUGUUCCUGGGCCAGCCCAUCUUCUCAAGUCAGAAACACCAAGCUGCCCCCGAUACCCAUGACGGGUUCUCUGCUGGACAAGUUGAGUGUUGGUGCCUCCAGUUCUCUCCUGCCCAACCCAAGGAAGAGCGAGUUCCCCAGCAGCGAGAUGACAAUGCUCAGCCAGCUGAGUGAGCGCAGGGACAGCACAACGAGCACCAUCAGCUCGGCCUACACGGUCAGCAGGCGGUCAUCGGGCAUCUCGCCCUGCUACUCCAGCCGCCGCUCCAGCGAUGCUUCCCAGUUUGGUGGUCGUCCAAACAAUGUCAGCUCAGCAGACUCGUACGAUCCCAUCUCCACAGACAUGUCGCGCCGUUCCAGUGAGGCGAGCCAAUGUGGCGAUAUCCCUAAUGUCUUGAACCUCACUCCUGCCCAACAUUACAGGCUCAAAGCCAAAUAUGCGGCUGCCACCGGUGGACCACCACCGACCCCUCUGCUUAACAUGGACCGUAUGGGUCUCCGCACGAGGAUGUCUCUACUCGGUGACGUGCACGAGUCCGCGUCUGUCCCCUUCUUACUGCCAACAGUUCCCAGGCGAUGCAGUGACAGCGGCUACGCCACAUCGAGCAUGAUGCCCCACGAAGUGCCGGGCAGUUUAAACAGGAGGGCGAGCGAUCCUAUCCGGCGGCCAAAUAUCGACGCUACGGCAAUGCCAAGAUUUCCACGCUUCAACAGCACAAACAGCGUGAACCCCUUAACACAGCCAGUGGAGCGGAGGAACUUAACCCUGCAGAAUUACGCCUACUUGCAAAGCAGUCCCCACAGGUACGUCUGCGCUUCCAGGCCACCAAGCAUCACAGAGAAUGUUGCCAUGGAAACUGCAUCGGGCGAUGCAGACAACUCGAGUCCAGAAGACGACAUCAUGCUACCAGAUGACGUGGUGCAGUACCUAAAAUCUCAGAAUAACGUGUCCACCCAGGCCAGGAGUUCCACGGGUUAUGGGAGCCCAGGGCAGGCCUUCCAGGGAAACCUGAACUUGCAGCAGCAGCAGUUCUGUAACCAGCACCGGCUGGAAGUGGCAGAAACCGGUAUGAACCACAACCUGCCAAUGAUGCCAGCGUGCCAAAUGAGUCCGGGGCGUCCCCAGCAGUUCCAGCCCUCUCCCAGAGAGAACAGCAUGCCCGUCCAGUGGAACGAAGUCAGCUCAGGCACGGUGGACACGAUGCCAAACCAGACAAAACAGCCGUUCGUCCGGACAAACUUGGCAGUGGUGCAGCAACGACAAAACUUCAGCCAGUACCAAAAUCUUAACGCCAACCAUCAGCCCACGGUGGCGAAUGACGUGAACCUGCCUCCACAGAACUGUAUGCAGAGGAGUGCGGGGUACAAUGGCGUACGGGCGACCUGCAUGCUGCAAAGGCCGUCAAACUGUCAGAACGCCAAUGAGAACCCUCAGCAGUUCAACCAAAACAGCACGAUGAUGAACCCAAAUUUGAUGAACGCCAACAUCGGUCAAAUGUCAGCUUGCACCGGCAACCAAAUGGCGGCCAAUAGCAAUACGGGGAUGGUAACGCAGAACCCAGUAGAGCAGAGCUAUGGAUCAUCCAAUGGGAGUCAAGGUCACAUGGCCUAUGUAGCCAAUCAUGACGGGUUUAACCCAAUGGUGCCCCAAAUGAGCCCUGGGCAGCAGUACUUUAACAGGCAGCCCGAAGCUGGCACCAUGAACCCCGUUGGCCAACGCUUUAACAGUUCAGCGAUGCAACCCCGUCCUCCUCUUGGGCCCAGUCCAAUGAGUAGGCAACGGGAAGCCAUGAGCUCCCAAAACCUCCUGAGGAGCCCCCAGUCUCUGACUGGCACGAGCCCUGGCCACAACUCAUCAGAAGCCAGUCCUAAAAGGCCACCGAGUCUGGCAGCCUCUCAGUGCCCAAACGGAAACUGGAACGCCGCUACGAUGUUUUAUUCAGGACAGAUUCACAUGUAUGAGCCCAAUGGAAAUUUCCCGGCGCAUUUGUCGUGCGCGGCGCAGCAUUCCCAGGUGUGUUCCUUGGAAUCGAAAGCCAACGCCAUGCCAUCUCCGGGUGUCAAUCAGGUAUCAAGCACAGUGGACUCUCAGAGUAUGGAGCAUGCUCAGAUAGACUUCGACGCCAUCAUGGAUGACGGAGACCACUCCAGCUUAAUGUCGGGAACCUUGAGUCCCAGCAUCCUGCAGAACCUCUCGCAGAAUUCCUCCAGGCUCACCACUCCCCGCAACUCUUUGACGCUCCCUUCGGUGCCAGGUGGCGUCACCAACAUGGCCAUUGGAGACAUGAGCUCCAUGUUGACGGCCCUGGCAGAGGAGAGCAAAUUCCUCAACAUGCUGUCUUAACGGAGCGCCGACCCAAGGUGUCGAGAAGGAAUCGCUUUCCUUUUCACGUUGGAUUUGUUUUUUGUUUUUUUUUGGUUACUAACCGUUUCUGGACGUUCGCCCGCCUGUUGGACCCAAAGGUUGCUGUUUGGAUGUUGAGCGAGGCGGAAACACUCCAUGAUCUGGACAAGAGAAAUAUCACGUUGUAGUCGUUUUCUCGGAUACAGACGACCGGAAACCUCCGGAUUGUAAGACGGGCUACACGCAGUCGGUUGCAGUCUCUUCUUGUAAAUUCCAAAAACUGCGUUGAUUUGCAACACGCGAACGACGUGCCUGUCACGUAGUCAGAAGAACGACGAACGAACGAUAAGCCAAACCCAGGGCACCACGCGUGGACGGAGCUCUUCUUCCGAUGUUGAUGGCGAAUUACUUUUUGGAGCAGGAGCGGCGUUUCGCUACGUCGAUCUCCACGUACCCUACGUCUGUAAAUUUGUGUUAGGCGAGUGACUGUAAAGAGACCCCGAGGUGCUCGACGUGAGAGGGGCACCGCAAAGGAGGGUCGCUGUGUAAAUAGCCCAAAGAAGCCCAUCCAUAGAAACUCGAAAAAGAGAUGCCCACUUUAGGUGGGGGCCAUUUCUGUUAGGCUAUGCUUCUCCCAGGAUGGCAGCUUAAUUGAAACGUUGGGGGUGGGAAAUGUAAGAAAGUCGAGGAGUCGGGACGACGUGACGCUUUGGGAGAUGGCUACGAUUUGGGGG